AUGCAUGAGAAGAAAUUCAUAAUUACUUUAUUAAUUCACACAUUUUUAAUUUACACUAUUACUGCCCAAUCGCCCGGAUCCACUACGCCAGGUGCGAGCGCACUGCCAGGAGUUGGUGGAAUGCCACCAAUGGGAGGACCACCAAAGCUUCCAUUUGGGGAUAAGAAGUUAGGAAACCCACCACCAACAGCACCUCAACCACAACAAAAUUUACCAGUAAGUCAACAGCAACAACCCAACCCGCAAACAAAUCAACAACCCAACCCACAAACAAAUCAACAACAAUCUAACUCACCAGUAAAUCGCCAACAACCUAAUUCGCCGAAAGCAUCAUCAGUUCCAAAUGGAGUCACUGAUCAGGACGCACAUAAAACACAUGAGACUGAAAAUGCAAAACAGAUACCCAGUCCUUCUACAAACGCCGCCAAACAUUCUAGUUCGCCACAAAGUGAUAGUGACCCGCGUCAUAACGAAACUGCUGCAUCAAAUGGAGGUUUUAAGAAUGUAGGCUGUGGCGGGUUAACGAUGGGAAUUGUAACAGUGAUAAUGAUGAGUUUGUGGAUUUAUGGAGUGGCUUGA